AUCACGUUUAAAAAUUGAAAUCAUUAGUGCAAACCGGCGCGCAAAGUUAAUAAUACUAAGGACAAUGACAACGAUAAUAACAACAACAACAACAACAACAACAAAGUAUUAAAAGUAAAACGCAGAGGCGAUCCGAUCGGGAUCCGUCAUAGCUUGAAAAUAAACCCAGGGAAAGACGACGACGACGACGUCGGUUUGUCAACUGUCAUAACGAAGGUGCGCACUUAUGUGUAGGCGUGUGUAUACGUUGUAUGAAUAAGCUGCGUUGAACCCCUGAUCCCGCAAUGAUCACAGUGUCACCGAACACUUGAACGAGCAACAAUUAUCCGGGUAUAAUAAUGCAAAGAUUGAGUAAAGGUGAACAUACCGACGUAGCGUAAUUUUCGGGUAUUAAAUUGAAACAAAACAUCUGGAAGCUGUGGAAAGCCGAGCUUUUCGAAAGCGCUAACCGACUUUGAUCCUGACCGUGAAAAUCAGCGAGACUACGGAGAUCGAGAUAUCGUUCGGACGCAAGUGAUAAUGUCCGUUCACGGUGGGACCAACGUUACUCGGUUCGCAAUGGAGAACGCAGAUCGUCGCUCUUCGGCCCAGGACGCGUUCGAUGAAAACCUGACCUUGGUUCAGGUCGUGUCGGAAGUCGUCCAGGAGCUCGAGAGCCAGAGGGAAAUGAGCGAGACCGAAUACGAGCAGUUUCUUGCCGAUGUAUGGAUCGGCGUUGUCCUCACCCUGAUGGUCCUCAGCUGCGUCUGCUGCAUGUGUUCCUGUCUGCUCUACCACAAGUUUCAGCAGUGGAAACGACACGUGCUGGAGCAAAGAGCUGCGGCAUCGAGAGACCCGGACUGCCGAGGAGGAGACACGGAGAGUCUUCCUUCGUACACCCUAGUAUCCGGUCUUCCGAGCUAUGAGGAGGCUCUGCAGCAGCUUAAACAGGUUCAGGCCAUGCGACGAGGGCUCGACUACGUGGUCGUCGAUUGCGAAAAGCAGGUGGAAGCUCAGACACCGUCGCCAAUCGGGUCGGCGUCUUUGAACCAUACGAACUGCGCACAGACUAAUCAGAUGUCGAGGCUGUCAGUGGCGGAGUUGCUGCAGUUUUAUAAAAUCCAGCAGCAGCAACAGCAACAGCAACAGCAACAGCAACAGCCGCAGCAAGAGCCACAGCAACAGCCACAGCAACAGCUGCCCCCGUAUCAGCAGCAGAUUGAAGUUGACGUUCAGCCGCAGGUAAUAGCCAAGAUCUGACAAGUGAUGGUAGUAAAAACGGCAUAAAUAUUUGAUGUAACAACAGAACCAGCUUUUCUAUAUUUGAUAAGUAUGAAACGUUCAGUUGUGGCAACAUUGAUGUAAUAUUUGGGAGAGCUGGAUAUGAGUCGGCCGAUUUGGUAUAAAUAUUAAGGACUCGAUUGUGAUAGACGUUGAAGCGACAAAAAUUUACGUAAAUGAUAGUGGAAUUGUAAAUUAACAGUCGUUACUCACGCGCAAAUGUAAGAUAAUCAACUAACGCGACAGAAAUGUCAAUUACGAAUCGAUUAAACUGUAUUAUUAUCAUCAUUCGGGAAGAAAAUUGUCCAAAAAACUUGCACAUACGUUGGAUUGUAUUUUUUAUAAACGAUAUAUCUCUACGCGUAUCGAUUUUGGACUUUUUCAUCACCGAAAUACGAGUCACGUCGUAUAAUUAAUAGCAAAUUACGUGAAUAAUCUUUCCCGAGCAAUUACAAUUAUCGUAUAAGAUUAUGCUCGAGAAAUUCAUGCUGAACAUUAAUCCAAGCUCUGGCAAUUUCUCGUAAAAAACAAAACUCGCUUCUAUACUCUGUCUGGAGAAUUUUUCUAGUUUCACACUCCGAUUGUUUCUUACAAAUUAAGUGUACCACCUAUAACCAUAUCUGAUAUCAUAAAGCAACACGCAAUACACAUUACGUCUUCGGCGUACGACUGACGAUAAUAUUGAAUUCUCGUUUCGCACUACCUCAAUCAUUGCUCUACAUAGUUCAGGAAAAACCGCUGUAGGCACAUUCAUGUUCCGUUCGGAUGUUCGUUAUCUUUCUUUUUUUAUUGACUAAUUUUGGUAGGAAUUACUCAGCUUGCCUUAUAUUUAAACAUUCAUCAUCAUAAUAUGUGUACACGGAAAAUGCGGAGCUUUCAUCGAAUACAAGAAAAGAGAAAGAGAG